CACACAGUUUGGGUGAAUGUUUUGUCCGACAUUGCGGUUCAUCAUACCAUAUCUUCUACUGAACUAGAAAAAUUAUCGGUGCAUAAAGUGUGAAAGUUUCUUUGUUCUGACGUUCUUGAUAUGUCUCUUGGGGAAAUGUACGUUGAUAUUCGUAGAAAUACAAUUAAUUCUCGUUAAUUACUUAUAUGUAGUGCAAAAUAGCAUUAUAUACGCUUUUAAGGCUUCUCCCGCUGCUCUGGACGCUGGGACGCUGAACGGAACGAAAUAUGAAAGAAAUGUUUUGGCCUGUGAAACCUCUAGACUGACCGAUUUACUGUGUUGAAGUUUUAAUUAGUGAACGUACGUUUUAGCUCGUCUGUGUUUAGCAUGAUGCCAUCAUGACGCAGACGUGCCUGUUGUCCGAAUAUACUUGUGGUCUGUAGAAUAAAGGAGCUCCAGUGUUAACAUUGAUGGCGGUGGUGAAGUCGCCUCGGCUAAGCUUUCGGCAUCAUAAACAUCAUGAGAUGAUCAUCAUAAAAGUACUAUGAAGAACAAAACGGAGACCCUAGGCAAUGAGAUGAGUAAACCAGGAUUGGAGGGGGGAGGGGGAGGGUUGGCUGUGAAGGUGGAGAAACAAGAACCACCCUCUCCGCGUUCCCCUCCUCCCUCCCCCUCCCGAAUUGGAGGGGUCAUUCGGGCACCUACUCCUCCACCAUCGCAGAAGAUCAAGUGCGAGAGUCCGGCAGUGUCAGUUCACGCCCCCUCCCCCAGACCAGUGAGCUCCCCUCCACCUUCUGGCCCUGGAGCUGAGGUCAAAGGCAAGCCCGGAACUCCCAUACCCAGUGGAAGUGUCAAGGGGUCAGUCCCUCGGCCUCCUCCUGCCAGUGCCUUGGGCUGUCCUGUCACGGAGGACGCUUCCAAAGCCACCUCAGGAUCCGCGGGGGGAAGACUCACCUUUUUUAAAGAGGGAAGGUUUGUUUUGGAAUUGUCCCAUCGAACAGAAAUGGGUGCCCCAGCUGGCUGGGUAGCAGUAAAGAGCAAAACUUAUUGGCCACCUCCGUCAUCUGCCACUACUACAACUACACAGCACCCUUUACGUCAUGACACGCCUACUUCUCAGUCUGAUGACUGUUCUUCUUUAAAUUCAUCUCCUUGGACUAGUGAACAUGUUAGGAAGCAAUCUGUUCCUCGGCGCAACAAGUCAGCUCAGCCCCACUGUGUGUGGCAAGUAAAAGUGGAUGGGCCUAGUAAAAGAAAAAAGUGCACAAAAAUAAGAAGAAACCCUUUCAUUUAUCCAGUUGGCGUAUGGGAAUCAUCUGAAACUAAACAAACUAAUCAGUUGGGUGUUAAGUCAAAUACAAGUGCCAGGUCAACAGAAGUGAAAAAAACAAAUUUAGAAAGUAAAGUUAAACUUUUAGAGGAAAAACUUGGUUUGAAAGUUGAUUUGAAAGUUUCAAUAAAAAUGUUAUUUGAGAAGCCAUUAGUCAAUAUAAGUGCUGAGCCAAUUGAUCCAACAUUUGUUUCACCAAGAAAACGGUAUUUGCGACAGAUGGAGGACCAAGAUUCAAGCCAUCGUAAGAAACUACAUUCUGUUGUAAAUAGUUUGUCACAGAUUUCAGGAGAGCGACCAUCUUCCUCGUCUCCUGCCCAUACUUUCCCAAAUAGAAGUGCCAUUAAUUCACAGACUUCGUCUGCAUACAGUAUUGAUUCAAUAUUGAAUAAUGAGACUGCUAACAGAAAAAGUGAUUCUUUUCUUAGAACUUUAUUAAAGCCUGAACCUAAACCAAGUGUUCCUCAGUCAAAAGGUAUUUCUAAAGAAAGAUCAAAUAAUGAGAUAGUUGCAAAUACAGUGAAGGUUGAGAGACCUGAAAGAACAGAGAGAGCAGCUCCAGAGCGAAUGGAAGCGUUAGGUACCGUUCAGAACAAAGAUCGUAAAGACCCAUUACCAGAUCACGGCAGGUUUGCAGCAGACCGUUAUCCUAUGAGUGGCUAUGGGUCAUUGGGUAGUCUAGCCAGUUUGUAUGGUUUAAAUCUUAUAAACCCACAUUACAUGAUGUUACCCUCUUUAACCCCUCCCAUGUCAUCACAGCAAACUGAAAUGGCAGUAGCUGCUGCAACUGCUGCAGCAGCAGCAUUGAGUGGUUAUCCUCUGAACCAUCUGCAUCCAUAUCCACACAUUUUUACAGGGGGAAUACCUACUGGUUAUCCACCCACCACAACCUUCGGACCAUUACUUCGUCCCCAACAACACCCGUCAAGAUCGUCUCCCCAUCCCAUGGCUCAUAGCCCAAGUCCAAAGCCACCACAGGCUUCUAGUACACCAGCUUCGCCUCACAUGAGUAGUCGAGGAGGCAGCCCUCGAGGGGCAACUUCUCCUUGGCAACCACCUCCACCUGCACAUCCUUUCUCACCUCAAAAACCUCUAUCGUCGCCACCAUCGCCACCACAAGAUGCACCACUUAAUUUAUCCAAGCCUCGAAGUCAUGUGGAAAAGUAGGGGAUGCAGUAUGGACCAAAGUUGUUUAUAACUCACACCCAGCUGAACCAGUGCUUCAGACAAAUACGUAGUAGUGACAGCCAGCACUUGGCUUUUUUCUUCUUAUCUUUCUUUCUGGAAAGAAUUUGACAUUUACAGAAUGCUGUGUGUAGUUGUAGGCUAUGUAAAGUACAAAACAUAAUACAGCUGGGUUUUUGUACUCGGCUGUGUGUGUUUUUAUGUCAUAUUGUGGCGUCUUGUAAAUAACUUAUGCACUAAACAAAAUUGCAAGUGAGGAGCUUGCUAUAUUAUAUAUAUUUAAAUAUAUAUUUUUUAAAAUCUUGGAACUGUUUCAUAUUAGUACAAUAUUUUACUCAAAAGUAAAAUUUAUACAGUAUGAUUUGGUGCCUCAUAACAAACGUGUGGAUUUCGUAAUUAUAUUUAUUAGUGUUGUAGUUUUGACAAAUAAGAGAAGGCUAAUGCUAACAAUUUGCAUUUUUAGCAAAAUUUUGAGUUUUUUAUUGAAAUAUAAAUAUUCAAAUUAUAAAUUUUUAAAAGACAUUAACCCAUAUACUAAUGAUCAGGAUUCUUAAAACUAAUCCAGUAAGUUUCUGUAACUGACAUGGUAGCCACAGUGAGCAUUCCAGUGUUUUAUUUAGGGUAUUGGUGUUUUAUGAAAAUGUAUCUACUGUUGAAUUAAUUUUUUAAUGAGCUGGUACUUUUUUUGUGUAAUGUAUAUGUGAGCACACUUCAUCAUAGCCUAAUUGGGCAAGUAGUAAUGUUAAUUAUUCUCUCUCUCUCUCUCUCUCUCU